AUGGCGGCAAAGAAAUCGCAGGAUCAGUUGAUUUUAGAAAGGUCCAAUUCUUAUCUUCAAAAGUUGUCCGAUCUCCAUGUGUACGUGGUUCCUGUGGAUAUAUGGAGGGAACGAUUCAACAAUUUGCUCAACCAGUCGGUCACGGAGACCGUUUCUCUUGGUAUCAUCAGGGUACCUCCAGAUAUGCGUCUGGUGGAUGUACGAGAGGAAAUAGUUCAACAGCUGGAAGGAGUUGCUCCUCAAGAUUACGUGUUCCUUAGAAGUUGUGGCCGCAGUCUAACUAGGUUAAAAUCAAAGCAAGAAUAUCAACUAAAAGUCAAGCAUUGUCUACCUCCAGUGGCAUACGCCCCUGAACUCUUUCUGCUUGAAUCGAGUGCACUUAAUUAUGGUAGUGACACUGACUCGCGAUCUCAGUCAUCAAUGCGACAGCUACAUGUGAGUGAUCGCGACACCCCACAUGGUCACCGUGGUUACGGCAGUUUCCGGGAUGGUUACCGGAGUCCUGGAAACAAAAGUUUCCGAGAAAAAGAUGGCUAUUCAGGCAGAGAUAACCAUGACAGAUAUGGACAACCUGACAAGUGGCGAAGUCGAUCGCGGAGAAAUAAGAAUGGUGAGACUGACCACCAGAGAGCCCUAACUAGUCGCACCGAUCGCAGUGGAGAUAGGGCCUCCCCCUACAAACACACCACCUCUCUCCCCAAAAUUAACCCCACAUCACCCACCGAAAGCCGUGGGCCCACGCCCGAGUUUGAACAGAGCGGAGCAAAAUGGAGUUCAUCGGGUCCCGCACCUCGCCAAUCCCGGUACGAGACGCAGGAUCCCUAUUCGGAUCGCUCGGAUCGGUCACGUGGUCCGGGCGAUCCGCUCGGCACGGCGCGGCAGUCCCACCCAUCGGGGCGGAGAGAUGGGUACGAUGGCCCCCGGCGUGCGGACAUUAAUAAAUAUGGUGAAAACUUUCCUCCAGAUGACCGAAGAGAAGAGUAUCCCGACUACCGUGACAAACCUCAGGAGACGCCCCGCAGAGAGGCCAAGCAGACGUAUUCAGAAAGAGUGCCUUACGACUCGGAGAAAGGUCCUCCGACUUCACCACGUUCUCAUCCUCGUAGGGUAGACCGAUCUAGUGACUAUGGUGGGAAGGACCGGUCAGAUAACUAUAACAAACUUAAUCAAAGUGACCCUGAACAGGAGGGUCCUGGUGAUGAGGUAGGCCGGUCAGAUAACGCCCCUCCUUCCCCAACCGGCCAGCCCCGCAGUAGUAAAAGUAGGGGUCGUUUCGGCCCCCAGUCUACGUCAUACACAACAAACACCAAUGACGACUCCGGUAUUGCAGAGCUCAGCCCUGAUGACCACUACAGGACUGGUAACCGUGACAACUACAAUGAAGAGAACGAGAGACGGCGACGUGAUCUCCAAAACCGGCUGAACCGGGACCGGGUCGACGCAGAUCAGCAGGAUGAUGACCUGCUGGAUGACUAUCGGUUUGAGGACAUAGCUGAUCGGGACCAGAUUGAUCGGGAACGGUUUGAGCAUGACGACGAGUACAGACACCAGUGGGUUGAGGAGGAGAAGAGAAAGAGGGAGGAGGAGCGGAGGAGAAAGGAUGACGGUCGGUAUGAUCAUGAUGGAGACCCAGAUCGCGACAGAACUUCAGACCAGGACAGGUCACCGGACCGAAACCGGGAUAAAUCACAGGACCGGGGCAGGAACAGAUACGACGACAGGAAAAAGAUGGAGCGCACUGCCUCAGACGAUGAGCUGGCCAGGUACCCCUCACCUCCUGAACUUCGAAUGCAAUCACCCCUGCAGACAGAAAGAUUGACAACAUCGGCAAGACAAAGAAAGAAAGAUGAAAAGGAAAAGCUGCUAAAAGACCUCGAGGCUGCUCGUGAGUCUCGUAAAAAUACGGAGAGGGAGAGAGAGGAGUUGGUGAAGAAAGCCAAACAGCUACAGAGUAAAACACAGAACAGGAGAAACCAUGCCCGUGAUGUGUGGAAGAAGCGCUAUUUUGAAGAGAAGAAGAAGACUCCUCCGCUAGAGGAGCAGAUGAACCGCAUGAGACAGGAGCUGGACGCGGUUCACCGCAAACUGAUGAUCACGCUGGAGGGACCCAAGGAGAAGAACGUCCGAUUCGGAGAUGUCAAACCGUCAUUAAAAAAUAACUAUGUAAUCCAGUGUACCAGAUUGCAGCACGAAAUAGAAGAUUUAAGGCGAAGAGUGGAAAAUGCUAAGAUGAAAUUGACAGCCGAAAUGAAGUUACGCAACCAGGCAGAGGCGGAGCUACGUGCGUUACGCGCAGAGCUGACACAGAAGAAAAUCACGUUGACUUUGGCCCGAAACCAGCAGUUUGCAGCCUUGAGUCCUGUUAUAGAACCGAUACCGCAAGCGCCUAUGACCAGUCGAGGCUGAAUCUGUUCUUUAUGUUACUGCUUUAGUUAUUGUUAAAGAAGGACUUAAUUCACUGUGUAUUGUGGAAUAUUAGUGACUAUAAAAUAUGACAGAC